AUGAGGGCCGGACCUUCAUCUACUCACUACUUACGCAAUAACCGAUCCUCGGACGGAGCCGUAGGUAUUCCUACUUAUGAGAACAUAGUAAUGGAGAAGAUAAUAGCCGAAAUAGGAUUCGUUUUGGCUAGAGCGCCCAAAUCUGCUAUAUAUUUGACACGGGUUUGCCGUAAUGCUAAAACAAUGGCGAAUGCAUAUAUAGUACCUGUGUUACCAAAACGCUUACCUUUUGAUUCAUGUCGAUUCUAUUCUUCGUCUGAGACAACUGGAAGUGAGGAUCAAUCUCAGCAUGGAUUUCAAUUGCACCGCCAAGGAUCAAAAGAAAGGCGUACACCAAUCCAUCUUACUUCGUCUCAGAAGCCCGCAACGAGGUCAAACCCGGAGACCGUGAUUGUGAACAAGUUUCACGAUCGAGCGUACAACAGAGCGAGAUACACUCUUGUGUCGUAUGUUCUGCACGACUGCACCGGAAGUGCCGUUUACAGCCCCUUGCACCAAACCGUCAUAGCCAUGGCUGAGGCUGCCUUCAACACCAUCAACCUCGAAUCCCACGACGGCGCUCACCAUCGCUUGGGCGUUGUUGAUGACAUCGUUUUCCACCCUCUCGCACGUGCGUCAAUCGGUGAGGCAGCGUGGCUCGCCAAAGCUGUUUCGGCAGACAUUGGCAACCGUUUCAGUGUGCCAGUGUUUCUGUACGCCGCGGCCCACCCAACAGGGAAAGCGCUGGACACCAUAAGGCGAGAACUCGGGUACUACCGACCUAAUUUCCAGGGCAGCCAAUGGGCCGGAACAGUUUCACGGGCCAAAGGUAUCUCACUGAUCGGGGCACGCCCUUGGGUGGCACUCUACAGUGUGCCGAUCCAGUGCACUGACGUGUCAUCGGCAAGAAGAAUCGCACGGAAGGUGAGUGCUCGCGGUGGUGGGCUUCCCACGGUGCAAACGCUUGCGCUUGUCCAUGGCGAGGACUACUCUGAGAUAGCCUGCAUGCUGCUGGAGCCCAACCAGAUUGGAGCAGACAGGGUGCAGCACACGGUGGAGACGCUGGCAGCACUAGAAGGAAUUGACGUGGAACAGGGUUACUUCACCGACUCUUCUCCCGAAAUGAUUGUGGAGGAAUACAUGAAACUGAUUACUGCUAACAGAUCGUGA